GUGUCGAGUGAGGAUCACUGUGUAUCAGCUCACAUCAGAUGAAGACAAAUAACAGUGGACUGUCAAAACAAUGGCUUCCUUUCAGACAGGUUUUAUAAGAAUGCUGAUCUCUGUUAUGAUGUAUGUCUUGGCCUGUAUAACUGUCAGUGAGUCAGAUGCAUAUACCUCUGUUGACCCCUGCUACAACUACGCUGUGCUGGACGAUCCAUGGAGAGACGCUAAUAAUACACGUGAUUCAGGCAGAUCGUGUGACUAUUAUGGCACCUGGAGCGGCUGGUAUCGUCUCUUCAUUAAUAAUGUGAGCGCGCAGAUCCCAGACACGUGUGUUGCUCAGUAUAGCUGUGGCGUCAAUGUCCCACUGUGGAUUCGUAGUGGACACCCAACAGUACAGGAUGGAGUCGUCACUCGAGAUGUCUGUGGUUAUGGUAACAGUUACUGCUGCUUUUACGGGUCUUACCCCAUUAAAGUCAAAGCUUGUCCAGACAAUUAUUAUGUCUAUGAGCUGGUUAGACCAACUCUCUGUCAUUCAGCAUACUGUGCAGUUGUUCGCAGCGUUAACACCAGCUCUACAGCCGUCACACCAGCGACCAUCUCAACUGUGUAUCCUUCUGUUGACCCCUGCUACAACUACACUGUGCUGGACAAUCCAUGGAGAUCCACCAAUAAUACAUAUGCUUCGGUCAGAAUGUGUGAUCAGUCAGUCACCUGGAGUGGCUGGUAUCGUCUCUUCAUUAACAAUGUGAGCGCUCAGAUCCCAGACACGUGUGUUGCACGUGGUCGCUGUGGCACUGAUAUCGCACUGUGGAUUCGUGGUGGACACCCAACAGUACAGGAUGGAGUCGUCACUCGAGAUGUCUGUGCUACCUAUAACAGUUACUGCUGCUAUUACGGGUCUUACCCCAUUAAAGUCAAAGCCUGUCCAGACAAUUAUUAUGUCUAUGAGCUGGUUAGACCAACUACGUGCACUUCAGCAUACUGUGCAGCUGUUACUAACAUCAGCAGCACUGUUACAACAGUCGCACCAGAGACAACCACAGCUGCGUAUACCUCUGCUGACCCCUGCUACAACUACACUGUGCUGGACGAUCCAUGGAGAGACGCUAAUAAUACACGUGCUUCAGGCAGAUCGUGUGACUAUUAUGGCACCUGGAGCGGCUGGUAUCGUCUCUUCAUUAACAAUGUGAGCGCUCAGAUCCCAGACACGUGUGUUGCUCAGUAUAGCUGUGGCGUCAUUGUCCCACUGUGGAUUCGUGGUGGACACCCAACAGUACAGGAUGGAAUCGAAACUCGAGAUGUCUGUGGUGACUAUAACAGUUACUGCUGCUUUUACAGGUCUUACCCCAUUAAAGUCAAAGCCUGUCCAGACAAUUAUUAUGUCUAUGAGCUGGUUAGACCAACUCUCUGUCAUUCAGCAUAUUGUGCAGUUGUUCGCAGCGUUAACACCAGCUCUACAGCCAUCACACCAGCGACCAUCUCAACUGUGUAUCCUUCUGUUGACCCCUGCUACAACUACACUGUGCUGGACAAUCCAUGGAGAUCCACCAAUAAUACAUAUGCUUCGGUCAGAAUGUGUGAUCAGUCAGUCACCUGGAGUGGCUGGUAUCGUCUCUUCAUUAACAAUGUGAGCGCUCAGAUCCCAGACACGUGUGUUGCUCAGUAUAGCUGUGGCACUAAUAUCGCACUGUGGAUUCGUGGUGGACACCCAGCAGUACAGGAUGGAGUCGUCACUCGAGAUGUCUGUGGUUACUAUGACAGUUACUGCUGCUUUUACGGGUCUUACCCCAUUAAAGUCAAAGCCUGUCCAGACAAUUAUUAUGUCUAUGAGCUGGUUAGACCAGCUGGGUGCACAUUAGCAUACUGUGCAGCUGUUACUAACAUCAGCAGCACUGUUAUAACAGUCACACCAGAGACAAGCACAGCUGAUACAACCAUCAGCCACACUGAUACACCAGGAACAACCACAGCUGAUACAACCAUCAGCAGCACUGUUACAACAGUCACACCAGAGACAACCACAGCUGUUCCAACCAUCAGCAGCACUGAUACAACAGUCACACCAGAGACAACCACAGCUGUUAUAAAUAUAACACCGCAGAAAGAAUGCACAAGUCAGACCUCUGGAGGAUGUUUUCAAAAUCUUCUUGAGCAGAUCGAGAACAUUACAGCUCAAGUGCUUCCUUUGAAUUUUGUGGUUCUUGGUUGCCCCUGGAUUCUGGGUUUCUUCACUAAUGGCAGGAAGGAGCUGGAGAUCCUCUUCCUGAUCUUGAACUCCCAGCAGGGAACUUUCAUCUUCCUGAUCUAUUGUGUCCUCAAUAAUGAGUGCAUAUGCAAUAGCUAUUUCACCUCCUUCUACUAUGAGAACAACUCCCGCUGCAAUUAA